CGCCGCCUCCCCAGUGGUGCCGCCCGGCUCCAGCUGACCGGCCUGGAAUCCCGGCCGGGAGCCGCGCGCCCCCCGCCCGCCGCCGCCCCGCGCCCCGGCCCCGCCAUGGGAGACGCCGGCAGCGAGCGCAGCAAGGCGCCCAGCCUGCCCCCGCGCUGCCCCUGCGGCUUCUGGGGGUCCAGCAAGACUAUGAAUCUCUGUUCCAAAUGCUUUGCUGAAAAAAGAAAUCCACACAACGAAAAAGAUUUCCAGAAGAAACAGCCAGACGAUGACUCUACUCCCAGCACAAGCAACAACCAGUCAGAUUUGUUCUCUGGAGAAACGAACAGUGACAACAGCAAUACCUCUCUAACCACGCAGGCCGCUAAUUCCAACCAGCAGCUUUUGACAGAACUGAAUGUAACUUCACCGAGCAAAGAGGAAUGUGGGCCAUGCACAGGUACAGCUCAUGCCUCGUUAACCACACCAACCAAAAGAUCUUGCGACUCAGAUUCACAGUCGGAGAGUGAGGCUUCUCCUGUGAAACGGCCACGGCUAUUGGAUGACAGUAAUGACAGGCCUGAAGAAACCAGUCGAUCCAAACAGAAGAGUAGACGUCGAUGCUUCCAGUGCCAAACAAAACUGGAACUAGUACAGCAGGAACUGGGAUCAUGUCGCUGUGGUUACGUGUUCUGUAUGUUACAUCGCCUGCCCGAACAACAUGACUGCACGUUUGACCACAUGGGGCGUGGGCGUGAGGAAGCCAUUAUGAAAAUGGUGAAACUGGAUCGGAAAGUAGGGAGAUCUUGCCAACGCAUUGGCGAAGGAUGUUCCUGAGUGCAAGACUGCAACCAAAUGCUGUUCUCUUAGUUCACUAAUGUUAGCCUUAUUUAGGACAAAGUCAGCCAGACACCUUGUACUAGGCAAGUUUCAGACUACAGCCAAUCAGUUUCCUUUCUUUAGCCAACCGUCCUGGUACUGUAGUUUAGGGGUUGAUGGUGGUUGAAAUUGAUUUCUGGCUGGUUACUAAGGUGCCUGCUAGCCACCGUAUAAAAAUAAAACAUGGAGAAAUAUUAUUUUUGAGUAUGGCUAGUGGAUUUAAACAAAGCGAGAAAAAUCCAAAGGCUUCUGUUAUUGCUGGAGUCACUCUAAAAGCCUUAUGCUGGAAACAUUCCAGCUGCAGAGUUAAAACAAAUAGUUGUAUAGAAGCUGGUGUAAAAGUUUGCUAUGCACAUGGCUUUCAGACAAACUGUUUAAUGUGCAGCCUUUCACCUCUUCACUGCUAGUGAAUCCUGAGGAGGUGAAAUACUACUAAGAGCAGCAACUGCAGCUGCUUAAGCCCAGAAGACCUGACUGGUCACUCGUGCCUUCAUUGCGUGUGGCUUUUGAGUUAGGCAGUGUCACCAGCAUCAGGGAUUCUGUUGGGGUAGGAACACCUUUCUGGUUCUUCCCAGGAAGCCAAAAAGAAAGGGGGACAGAGAUUCUUAUGAAAAAUUUUUAUAUGUAUCUUACUAUAAAGAACCUAUCAGGGUUUUGGGUUUUUUUUCUUUUUUUUUUUUUUCUUUCUUCUCUGUUAAAUUAUGAUCUCACUUUAAAGCCAGCUCCAUCCCGGAGCAGUAAAUGGUGCAUACUUUUUCAUGGCAUCCACAGAGAUUCUACGCGUUGUGUGAACAGGUUCCACGUACCUUGAGCAGUGCAGCCAUUCCCACCGGCCGAAACCUGAUUGGCUCUUGUUUGCCUUUUGCUAAGUGCAGGUAUCUGAUAAUUGAUCAAAUAAGGCUAAUUCACAGCACAGUAGCCAUGGCUGGAUUCUACAGACUGACUUUCUGUAGCUAGACUUAUAUAUUGGGGAAAAAAAAGGACAUUUUGUAGCAAACGGAAUUCAGUAACAGUAUUGGGGAACAACCUGUAAAACACCCUUUUCCAGAAUGAGUUUGUGUUCCUCACGUCCAGAGUGUCAAUGAGAUAAUCAAAUGGGCUCUACCAGCCCUCCUUCUAUGCAGCUGAACGCUCUCAAGAAAAUCUCUGCCCGCAAAGCAAGUAUAGCAAGUGGAUGUGAAAAGCAUUACAUGGAGUAGAAUGUUCUGGAUAUGGUUAGACCUAUGGUUCUGUAUUACGGUAUGUCACAUUGAGCUGAGCCGAAUUGCACCAGUUUUGUCAGUUUGGAAACAAAAAAGCAGACUUCAUAAUCGGGCUGUCUCCUGCUGCACAGGGGUUUUUGCAAGUAAAAAGGAUCUGUACCGAUGUCGCCCAGCUUAGUCCUGAAUGAAUUUAACUUCUCAGUCUACUAGUAAGUUAUUAACAAGUGGGUAAAUUUGUAAGAAAACCUGAGGGAAGGAAAGACUGUCUCAUCUUCAAAUACUGGGCAGAUCUAAAACAUCCAGGGGGUGAAGUGACAUGUCACUUGAAAAACCCCUGUGUUUUGGGAGUGAGCUUGUAUGAGUCAUCCUCCAUUCUACUUGUUACAGGUAAUUAACUCAUUAUAGGCCAAAUUAUAGUGUUACUUUGGUAGCCAGUUAGGAACUUUAACAAUGAGACAACUAAUUAAAAAAGAAUAUAAAUAUAUAUAUAUGUGUGUCUCUCCAGACAGACAGCAUCUGACUGUAUUAGCAUUAACCAUCAGAAGUGUCCCAUCAUCAUAAAUGCAAGCUAUCCAAAAGGCAAGCUGUUUUUUUUUCUUGUUGUUGUUAUUCAAGAAUAUGAAACCAGCAGCAGAAUCUUCUGAAUUGUGCUGCAUUUUCAGGAAAUGGUCCUGGUGAGAGGGAUUGUCCAAGAAUAUUAUUUACAUUUGCUUUGAGGAGUUAAAAUAACAUGAAUUUUGGCGGCUGCUGUGAUACGCACUUUCUUUUCGUACAAAAUCCUAUCCUAGUGUUCGAUGGGCAUUCUGAUUGAUACACAAGACUUUUCUGCAUUAAUACUGAAGAUGCUAUUUUGUUCCUCCUUAAUAUUCUCUUUAAUCUCAUUACAAGUGCACAGAUGGUUUCAAGGUGGCUCUUGAGAGAACACUAAAAGUUUAUGUGAAUUAUGGACAAUGUUCACUUUAAGCAAGAAGUUGGGGAGGGGGUUGUUCCUUUGCAGUAUCUGUUCUGUGAAGUUUGUUAAACGUAAAGAAAGCUUAAGUUCUUGUAUCUUAAAAGAAGAUCUUAUUUAACCCUUUUGUGUUCUAGAUUUACUUACACUUGUAGCCUAGAGCUCAGUUUUAGUUUAACAUUGUGAAAAUAUUAAAAGAACCUUGUAACUUUAUUCUUUUUCCUCAUGCUAAAAAAAAAAUUAAACCAAUCAGAUUAAA